CACCUCUUGUACCAGCCAAUCCCCUGAGCACUGGGGUUAUAAUCACAGGCAGUUUGCUCACAGAAGAAGCACUCUACAAAUUUUAAUAUCUCAGGCAAAAGUUUCAUAGCUGUUGGGCCCAUGGAGCUUCUUGUGAAUGUAAGAAAAUGGAUAGAAGAAAACAAAACUGCCUUUUUGCCACCCGUUUGCAAUAAGCUUAUGCAUCGCUAUCAAUUAAAUGUGAUGUUUGUUGGAGGGCCAAAUGAAAGGAAGGAUUAUCAUAUUGAAGAAGGAGAAGAGCUUUUUUACCAGGUUCAAGGAGAUAUGUGUUUGAAGAUAAUUGAAAAUGGGAAACAAAAAGAUGUUGUCAUCCGAGAAGGGGAGAUGUUCCUCCUACCUGCCAGGAUACCUCAUUCUCCUCAGAGAUAUGAAAACACUGUGGGUCUUGUGGUUGAGAGGGAAAGAUUAAAAACAGAAAUUGAUGGGCUAAGAUACUAUGUUGGAGAAUCAACUAAUGUCCUCUUUGAAAAAUGGUUUCACUGUGAAGAUCUUGGCACUCAACUUAUACCAAUAAUUCAAGAGUUUUUCAAUUCAAGGCAAUAUAAAACUGGAAAACCAAACCCAGAUGAACUUCUGAAAGAAACACCUUUCCCACUGAAUUCCAGCUCCGUAAUGGAGCCAUUUUCUUUCUCGAGCUGGUUAAAUGAUCAUCGCGGUGAAAUAAAACAGAAGAAAUCCUUGAGUAUGUUUGGAGACAACUUUGAAACAGAGGUUAUAGCUUAUGGACCAGGAACAACUGAGAAAAGUAAAAAGAAUUCGGAUAUCUGGAUAUGGCAGCUGGAGGGGACAUCAACUGUUGCCAUGGAUGGUAAAACCCUGACUCUGUCUGCUGGUGACAGCCUGCUUGUCCGUGCCCAGUCUACGUAUUGCUGGAAAAGAGCAGAAGAAUGUGUUGCUCUCUGCAUCGCUCAGGAUCCAAAACGCAAGCAGCCUUAUACAUAACUCCUGUGUCAGUUGGCUUUGAUGAUAACCAAGUUGUAACCUACUUAUCUUAAUCAUCUUUUACUCAGGAUGCCUGGAAAUUUGAAUACACUAACACAAUGAUUACACUGAAUUAAGUAGAGUCAAGUGCUGUGCCCAGUUAAACAUUUUUCCCCAGGUAGUUGAAAAAAAUUACUGAUUGUAAAUUUUGCUAAAACUUUAAAUCUAGUAUUAUGUUUGAUUUUAUCUGAAAGGAAAUGACAACAUAUCCAAGUAGCAGGAUUACUUAUCUAAUAAUACAUGAUACUGUCUAGAAGAAAUGAGAGGCUUUUCAAAUCCAAGUCUCUGCCACAAGAGGUAGAAAAGGAGAUGAGACCGAUACAGUUAUACUACUUAGGUAACAGUUUUUAUUUCUUUGUAUCAAAUUUUUCAUUUGUAAUAAAUUAGUACAAUGCUAGCUACACAGCCCAGCUCCAGGGAAGAUUUAAUUGAUAGUAGGUCACAGGUCCUCUGAGAUCUUUGGCUGAAAGUUUGUUUGGUUUUUUUAAAGGUCCUGUCUGCUGCACUGCUUGAGAAUCUCAGUGCUUUGUGAAAGAGAGGAAGGUGCAUUAGUAAAGGGGGAAGCAGUACCUGCAACAACAUCAAGCAUUACUUAGUCCACCACUGUACUUGCUACAGGUACAAGUUAUUCCCAGUUUCCCAGAUCCAGCAGUGCAGUAUCCAUCAGUGAUCAGCAGUACCCCACACAUGCCAUGCUGCAUGCUGUGUGCACACUGCCAGGAACAUAGCACUGCAAUAGGACUAAACAGGAGCAGCUGGGUCACGGGUGUGCUCCUAUGCAGCAGAAUUCUCCAGUCAAAGUAGUUUUAAGAGGUGUGUUAGGGGAUAAGAGAGCAGAAAAAUUAUUAUAAUCAGUUUCUAUUAACUGCUGCUUCUUUUCAAACAAUGAGGUUUCUUGCAGA